GCCACGCCUCUUCCGCCUCCCUGUUCUGCCACAGCGCAUGGAAGGCUGGCGGCCCGGGCCGGGUCUGUCUAAACUCUCCGCGUCGGGACUGGCGAGAUGGCGGCUGAGGUGUUGCCGAGUGCGAGGUGGCUGUACUGUGGGGAGCCCGACGAGAGCCAGAGAGCAGUACUGGUCCAGUUCUCCAAUGGGAAGUUGCAGAAUCCAGGCAACAUGCGUUUUACUUUGUACAAGAGCAGUGACUCCACAAACCCCAGGAAGAAGAGUCAGCGCAUCCUGGCUGCUGAAACAGACCGACUGUCCUACGUAGGAAACAAUUUUGGGAUGGGAGCUCUCAAGUGCAACACUCUGUGCAGGCAUUUUGUGGGAAUUCUGAACAAGACUUCUGGCCAGAUGGAGGUAUAUGAUGCUGAGUUGUUCAACAUGCAGCCACUGUUUUCAGAUGAAUCAGUUGAGAGUGAAUUGACACAAGAGAGUCAGACCAAAAGUUUUAGAGAAAAGAUGGAUUCUUGCAUCGAAGCCUUUGGAACCACCAAACAGAAGCGGGCUUUGAACUCCAGAAGAAUGAACAAAGUUGGCAGUGAAUCUCUCAACUGUGCAGUCGCUAAAGCUGCAGAGAAUAUUAUUGAUGCAAAGGGUGUGACCGCUCUGGUCAAUGACGCCAUCCAUGACGACCUGCAGGAUGACUCCCUCUACCUUCCUCCCUGCCAUGCUGAUGCCACCAAGCCUGAAGACGUGUAUAAGUUUGAAGACCUUCUGUCCACCGCAGAGUAUGAAGCUCUUCAGAGCCCCUCCGAAGCUUUCAGGAAUGUCUCCUCAGAGGAAAUACUGAAGAUGAUUGAAGAGAACAGCCACUGCUCCUUUGUCAUAGAAGCGUUGAAGUCUUUGCCAUCAGAUGAGGAGAGCCGAGACCGCCAGGCCCGAUGCAUAUGGUUUCUGGACACACUCAUCAAAUUUCGAGCGCAGAAAGUGAUUAAGCGGAAAAGUGCCCUGGGACCUGGAGUCCCCCACAUCAUCAACAGCAAACUGCUGAAGCACUUCACCUGCUUGACCUACAACAAUGGCAGCCUGCGGAACUUGAUUUCAGAUUCUAUGAAGGCAAAGAUCACUGCAUACGUCAUCAUACUUGCCUUGCACAUAAGCAACUUCCAGAUUGACCUGACAGUGUUACAGAGAGACUUGAAGCUCAGUGAGAGAAGGAUGAUGGAGAUCGCGAAAGCCAUGAGACUGAAGAUCUCUAAAAGAAGGGUGUCUCUGGAAGCUGGCAGGGAGGAGGAUCACAAACUGGGCACCCUGUCCAUCCCACUGCCUCCAGCCCAGGCCUCGGAACGCCAGUCCAAGCGGAGGAGAAUCACCUAGAAGCUUGCUUUCUGCACGGAGCAUUUUGGUCACACACAGCCACUACCUCUAUUCAUUUCCAGUUUUAUUUUUUAAAAUGAGAAGAAAAAGAAGCCUUGCCUUGGUGUGGGUAUGAAGCCAGGAGGCAGCGUCUCAAGUUGUGCUGUGUACAGUGAUGGCCCUGUUGGACUUGACCUCUCUUCUUUGGUGUGGCUGGAUUGUGAAUGGCAGCCGGUUCCUGUGGGAGGGUGGGGCCUGGGGAGGUCAGAGUGGGCAGAUCUUACAGGCUGCACCCUGGGGCACAUCUAAUGGAUAAUGUUAAUAAAGAGAAAUGUGAAGGGC